AACGAGAAAAUGCCCAGAUGCAUGGAUUCAACAUAACGAUUCCUGCUUCUUUUUUGAUUCCAUUCCUGUCAAUUUCACUACGGCAGAGAAUUUCUGUAAAAGACAUAACGCUCAUCUGGUACAUUUAGAAACAAGAGAAAAGAAUGCAUAUUUGCAAAGUCUAAUGCCAGAGGUUUAUAAAGAUAAGGAAGAUUAUUUGGUUUGGAUUGGCAUGACUGAUGCAGUGAAGGAAGGAGUAUGGAAAAUGACAGGGACAGACAAAAUUGUUGCCUUCUUCGACUGGUAUACUGGAGAACCUCAGAACGAGUCGAAUGACCCGACCGGUCAAGACUGUGCCGCCUUUUAUUCUCGCGGAAACUUCAAAUGGGCUGACAUAAAUUGCAGCUCGAGGACCGCUUUUGUAGCAUGUGAAAAGUCUAAACAAAAUUGAGACCAUUUAAUGACCUUUUUAUAUUUCUUACAUUAAGCCAUUAAUAUCGCUUACUGCUUAAGGCAGAUAUAACAUACAUAUAAUAUUUCAUGUAUUUACUAUCAUAUAAUCUUAAGUUACAAAUGUUUCGAGUAUAUCUGAAGCUUUUUUUUAUUUCCAUGUACAUGUAUUACAUUGACUUUUGAUAGUUAAUGGUCGACGCAGUUACUACAUUGGUGGAUAUUAAACGUAGGUUUAAUACGCUCUUUGGAUUUUGGCUUUAAGCAAUCCAUAUGAAAACAUUUUUUUAUUGAUAGUUCAUUAGUCAGAAUAUAAAUAUUGAAUUAUCCUCGUAGUAAACAUCACAUUUCAUGAUGAGGCAAUUCAAUGUCAAAUUAUGACAUAGUUUUCAAAUGUUUUGCCAAAAUAGUUAGAACAUCCUAUCGUUCGUGAAAUGGAAAAUAAAGGUAU